AUGUCCAACCUGAAGACACUUCCACUUCUCGGACUUCUCUGCAUGCACCUUUGCAGGGCCUUUCCGGUGCCUUCUGAGCACCCCGCUGAAAAAAAUGCAAAAACUGUUCAGAAUUACCUAGAAAAGUUCUACCAGUUACCAAGCCUCCAAUACCGGUCUGCAAGAAAGAACAGCGCUAGUAUGAUUGCUGAGAAGCUUAAGGAAAUGCAGCGGUUCUUUGGGUUGAAUGUGACCGGGAAGCCGAGUAAGGAAACUCUGGAGAUGAUGGAGAAGCCUCGCUGUGGAGUGCCGGAUCGGGGCGAUUUUAUGCUGACCCCAGGAGACCCCAAGUGGAAGCGCACGGAUCUGACAUACAGGAUUCUCAAUACCCUGCAGUUGCCGAGGGCUGAGGUGGAAAGAGCGAUCGAGGACGCCUUCGGAGUGUGGAGCAGGGCAUCGCCCCUCACUUUCACCAGGAUCCCGCAGGGGGAAGCGGACAUCCACAUUGCCUUUGUCCGCAGAGAUCAUGGUGACAAUUCUCCAUUUGAUGGGCCCAAUGGAAUCCUCGCUCACGCCUUUCAGCCCGGCCCAGGAAUUGGAGGAGAUGCUCAUUUUGAUGCAGAUGAAACAUGGACACAAAACUCCACCAAUUACAACUUAUUUCUUGUUGCUGCUCACGAAUUCGGCCACUCCUUGGGGCUUUCUCACUCCUCUGAUCCUGGAGCCCUGAUGUACCCCAACUACGCUUUCCGGGAGCCCAGCACCUACUCACUCCCCCAAGACGACAUCAACGGCAUUCAGGCCAUCUACGGACCUUCACGGAACCCCAUCCAGCCUACGGGACCUAGCACACCCAGAGCCUGCGAUCCCGAAUUGACAUUUGGUGCUGCCACCACGCUCCGUGGAGAAAUACUCUUCUUUACAGACAAGUACUUCUGGAGGCGACACCCUCAGCUGCGGCAGGUGCAGCUCAACUUCAUCUCUCUGUUCUGGCCAGCCCUGCCGAGCGGCCUUCAGGCUGCCUACGAGGACUUCGAUAGAGACCUGGUGUUCCUGUUUAAAGGCAGGCAAUACUGGGCUCUGAGCGGCUACGACAUCCAGCCCGGUUACCCCCGGGAGAUCUCGAUCUACGGCUUCCCGCACGCCGUCCAGGCUAUCGAUGCCGCCGUCGCCUAUGCGGGAAAGACGUACUUCUUCGUGAAUGAUCAGGUCUGGAGAUACAACAACCAAAGGCAAUCCAUGGAACCAGGUUAUCCUCAAGUUGUGUCAAGUGUUUUCCCAGGAUUAGAAAGUAGAAUUGAUGCCGUUUUCUUGCAGGAUCAUUUCUUCCUUUUCUUCAGUGGGCCAAGAUACUAUGCAUUUGAUCUUCUUGCUCGUAGAGUUACCAGAGUUGCAAGAAGCAAUUUAUGGCUUAAUUGUAGAUAAAGAAGCAAGAUCAGAAGUACUUCUACGCCCUUACUACGGACCUUGCAUGUCCACGCACUGUCCUGCGGAUUCUUCUCUCACUGCUGAACAACAAAAAAUGUUCUCUCCACCACCACACUCACCGGGACCAUUCUCAGUGAGAAGACACUUGGGAGCUCCCAUCGUCGGCCCAGGCUCAGUCUGUUCUCUGGUAUUCCAUCUCAGUUUAGUGGGGCCGUCACACAAGGGUGGGAGUGUACCUCGCGUGUCCCCUCAGAGCUCAUGAACACAUUACCAUUUGUCUGACUUCUGUCUCUCACAAUCGCAUUGCUUUCUUCUCUCACUUAAAAUAU